CACAUUGAAUAAUGACGCUGAUCAUUGUUUAAAAAAACGUCAAAAUUUCAGAAUUAGGUCAGCGAACCAAAAAGCACCAGUGAAGACCCUGUUUGUAACCUUGGUUUUAAUUAAUGAAGCGUUACACGACGCUUGCCAGGACACAACCUGCUCGGAAGAGGGUGAGAUGGCCGGUGUUCCCAGCAUCUGUAGACGGGCGUCGUAGCCGCUCUACCGGUCCGUUUGUGCUGAUACCUCCAGCCCGUCGGCUUCGGGAUAACCGACAGAGGAGCCCGGUGGACGUCCGCGCCCUCUCGGCCCGACUUGGGUCGAAUGGUUAGCCACUGGGUGGGCACUCGACAAGAGAGAGACAGACAGAGGCCGAAAGCUUCUCUGGGGAGUUCCAGGAAAUUCAUCCUCGCCUUGACAGCCUGGCAGUAACACGGCGCUCGCACACGCUCGUGUAGUUAAAUUGAAGGCGUCUUGCUAUGUGAGCACAUCAACUUGAGACAUGUGAGCCCAGACAAUUCUGUCUCAGACUGUCUUUUUCCUGAGUAGAAGGUUGCCCAUUUUUACAAUGUCGAGCCGCCGGAAGUCGACCACACCUUGCAUGGUGCUACCCUCUGACGAGUUGGAAGCGACAGCUGGAAGGACAACAGAAGUAGAGGCGGAGGUGGUGGAGGGGACGGUAGAUGAGGUUCAAACAGCAGUGGAGAUGGAUCAAACUGUAGUGGUUGUCCCCACACCACCAGAUACCGGCGAGUCCAAUAGCCUGGAGGACAAAGAGGUGCUUGGUCCAUCAAUAAACUGUAGCUCUGCUACCCCACCUGAGAGUCAGGGUGAUGACCAGCUGAACAAGGAUCAGCAUUGUGACGCACUCGAGGAAGUUGGAGUCGAUGCCACAAGUGCUGGCGCUAUCUCACUAAGCAAGACGCCAAUCAUGAGGAUGAAGACCAAAUCUGAACCCAAGAGGAUCGCCGUGUCCCUUAAAACUUCAGAUGAAGCCACGGAGUAUUUUGAAGGAGGCGGCGAGGGCGAGUUGGAAGGUGUGCAGCAUCCAAUUGAAGCUCCUCUGGGACCAACAGCGUCUGUAGAGAUGCUCCUGUAUGACUCCAUGAAGCUUGGAGCAGGAAACCUAUUCGUCAGCCAAUCCUUGGAGCAGCCAAGGAAGUCAUCAAUAUUAAAUCCCACUGUUAUUCCUCCUGGUCUGGCGCAGGUACUUUCUGCUUUCCAGGCCCAACAGACUACAUCAGUUCAACCCCAAUUGCUGAUUCCUCUCAGCAGCAUUCCUUCUUAUAGUGCAGCUAUGGACAUCAACCCUCUGCUGGGUAGCACCUACAAGAGGUUUCCCUAUCCCUCCAUGGCUGAGAUCAGCAGUCUGGCAGGGCAGACCCAGUUCACAGAAGAGCAAAUUAAGGUGUGGUUCUCAGCCCAGCGGCUGAAGCACGGUGUCAGCUGGACCCCAGAAGAAGUCGAGGAGGCCAGGAGGAAACAGUUUAAUGGCACUGUGCACACGGUUCCUCAAACCAUUACUGUCAUACCUGCUCACCAGCUCUCUGCUGCCAAUGGCCUACAGUCCAUUCUGCAGACCUGCCAGAUUGUGGGCCAGCCUGGCUUGGUGUUAACCCAGGUUGCACCGGGAGGGAAUCUUCCAGUGACCAAUCCUAUCACCCUGACAGUGGCAGGACUACCAAGCCAGUCCCAGAGCUCCAGCAGAGUUUCCUGCCAGUCGACCCCAACAAAUAGUGAGCUUAAACGGGCUACCACUGUCCAGCCCCCCUCACUUUCCCCACAGGAGAACUCUGCCCUGAGUGCGGACACGUUCAGUCUGCGGCCAAAGAAGUCCAAAGAGCAGCUGGCAGAGUUGAAAGCCAGCUAUCUUAAAAACCACUUUGUCAGUGAUGCAGAAAUUGCCCGUUUGAUGAAGAUCACCAAUCUAACCAAGGGAGAGAUUAAAAAAUGGUUUAGUGACACGAGAUACAACCAGCGCAACUCCAAGAACAGCAAUGUAAUUGUUUUCCAUGACGGAGGCGGCAGAGGAGGCGGUGGCUGUAGCAGCGGCGGGAACACCACCAUUGUCAUUGACUCAAGCGAUGAAACCCCUGCAUCCCCCCAUCCUCCAUGCACGCUCCCUGUGAAGGAGAAGGAGACACGGCCCAAGACAUGGAAUCCUUUCCCAGACUUCACUCUGCAGAAAUUUAAAGAGAAGACACCUGAGCAGUUGGUGGUGUUGGAGGAGAGCUUUGAGAAGAGCAGCACACCGUCUGAUGAAGAGCUGAGUCGCCUGAGAACAGAGACUAAAUUGACACGGAGGGAGAUUGAUGCCUGGUUCACAGAAAGACGGAAAAUGCCGAUAAUUUGCACUGCCUCUCCAGAGUCUUCUGAGGCAGGACGUAUAGAUGCUGGUGGAGGGAAAGCUGGAGAAAUCACUGCUGCUUCUCGCGCCGCUUCCUCCUCUCGUCCUGGAGGACGGAUUAAGCAGAUGCCAACCAGCAGCUGCAACAACAACAGCAGUAGCAGCAGCAGCAGCAGCAGCAGAGACAUCAAAGAUAAGACCAAAAAGACUCCAGAGCAACUCCACAUUUUGAAAAGUGCCUUUGUGCGAACCCAGUGGCCCACAACUGAAGAAUAUGACCAGCUAGUCGAGGAGAGCGGCCUACCCCGACCCUACAUUGUCAGCUGGUUCGGGGACUCACGGUACUCCUGGAAGAACGGUAACCUGAAAUGGUUCUUUCAGUAUCAAAGUGGCAACGUGGAAGGCCCGAAUGGUGGUGGAAGUCACAAAAUGGGAGGUGGUGGCAGUCGAAAAAGACGUGUCCGAAAUCGCGGUUGGGGAAGAUCCCGAACUCGAAAGCAUUCAAGGCGGUUAGCAUCCUUUGGUUCAGACUCGGAGAGAUGCCCCCCACCAAAGAAAUUCAAGAGUGGGAGGGACAUCUUGAAGGAGUAUUACCUGAAACACCGCUUCCUCAAUGAGCAAGACCUGGAUGAGCUUGUCACCAAGACCAACAUGAGCUAUGAACGGGUGCGACAAUGGUUUGCUGAGGUCCAAAGACGCCUGGACGUGGGUGCAGACCCCUUCCAGGAGCCGGGUUUGGGCAUAGCGGACGGAGGAGAGGAAGCCAAUGAAAUAAGGGGAUCAACAUCACACGCCAGCAAGACAACAAGAGGCGACGGAAUGGGAGACGAAGAGGAGAAUGAGGACGAUGAAGAGCAUGAUGAAGAGGAUACAGAUGACAGUGAGGUUUGGGAGCCAUCACGCAGCGUGAGGAAAUCCUUGUCUGUAUCUGAAGACUAAAUCUGUGCACAAAGCUCAAUGGAAACAUUGAAUAAGUUCCAAGUAUUUGCAAAUGUGUCGACAUUAUUAUUAUUAUUAUUAUUAUUAUUAUUAGCUGUUUCCCCUUUCUCAACCCUCACCUGAAUGAAAUUAUUAAAACAACCCCCCCCCCAAAAAAAUCAUCAAUUGGAAUUGAUAAAAACUGAGAUAUGCAUAUGCCAUACGUGAAAAGUGGGAUUGAGGAGGGAUUGAUAUUUUACGUCGACUGUUAAGUCCCUCUUGAAAUGCAUUGCUGCAUUUUCCCUUGCACAAGGCCAAACUUCAAUUUGAAUCGAAUGUUCACUCCCCUUCCCUACAGUAAAAUGUGACUUUCCUAAUGUGUUUACAAGAUAGCCCCUAAUCAGAACACUUUGGGCACACACGGUGUAUGUUUUCUUUUAUAUUGUCUGUAUUACAGCGUUUAAAGCGAUAGUCGAGAAUGAAUGACUUGAUGAUAAGAUAAGAUAAGAUAAUGUUAAUUGAUCAUGAACGUUCGUGGCGGAUAAAGGCCUCAAGCAACAUGAGCCAAAGUACAUGAGCAGUGAGUGAAUGCCAGCAUAUUUGUUGAAGGAUGUUUUUUCAAGUCUUCCUUUGAUUGUGGUUACUAGUUGACUUUUUAACAAGGAAAAUGAUUCAUGGUGAAAGAACUGUAUGUUUAAUAUGCACUUCGAUUGAUUUUUUUUUUCUUUGUGUGCACCUUUUGACACAACAAGCACUGUGCUGUUGUGAGCUAUUAUAUAUUCGUUCUGAAACUUUGCCAAAUUGGAAUGGGUUGUUUUUCAACCUCCAAAACCAACCAACCAACCAGCCAGUGUUUAACCGCAGUUGGUGGCGGAAAUAAAAUGCACCCACUGCGCCUGAAUCAUUAGUCAAACCUAAUUCACGUAAACAGUCAUGACUUAAACGGAACUACUGGCCUGACAUAUUGUUCUCGAAACAGUAUUUCAGACAUUUUAAAUUGUGAAAGCACCUGAACUAAACUUGUUUCAAAUGCACUUUUUUGACACAUGGUGGAUGAAAUUAGAAUUUGGCACCUUAUUGUAUCAUGCAAAAGCUCUGAGAGUCCGUAUUUGUUUUAUGACUAAAACAGUAUUUUGCCCUUUUUGUUUUUUUCUAAUUAGUCGUAUUGUUCAUUUUCCCUGAGGCGGAAUCUUACCCGUUUAUCCACUUUUCUAAUAAUAUGUAAAUGGUGUUGGAUGUUGAUAUGGCUUCAUAGAAUCAGCUGCCACUUUCUUUUGCUUUAUUGCACACCUUGAGCCACAUUUUGAAUACUUUUGGGGGAAAACAAUGCUUGGGAUACCAUUGUGUAUUGUUUCAAAUCACGUGUCACUUCACUUUUUCAUGGAUUUUUGGAGGACAUGUUAGCAGCGUCUUUAGGGUUGUCUUCUCACAGCAAACGAACAGAUACCAGAUGACACUAUACAUGUUCAAUAAUGUGUGUUCGUAGCCCCUUGCUUCACAGAAAGAACUGUCGAAAUGAACGACUACCAGCUGCCAUUGCCACAGCCACAGCAAGGACAAUCCCCCCCGCACCAUGUUGACUGUUGUUAACUUAUACAGACAUACCAUACCUACAUGUGCCUACUGUGGACUUGUUGCAAGAGGAUCUCUCUAUGUCGUCACUAAGCACUUAACGGUAGCCUUUCUCAAAACAAAUGGGGAUGCAUGAGCAAGAUGUGUUUUCAACCGAUACGACAAAUGCCUGUCUGAGGUUAAACAUUGUACACUUCUGUCCGUGACCUUGGUUCACCUUUGGGCUUUUGAUUUACUUUCUGGUAUUUUGUCACCUUGUACUCGUAAUCUAUGUUACAUGCUAGCACCUUUUAGCUAUCUCAAAAGCAUUUUCAGCCUGCCGGGUAUGAAACUCACGAAGCUAGCUCGCUGAUUGCAACUGAAUGAGCAGAAAUCUUUGACACAUUAUUUGUCGUAAUGUGAAUAGUAAGUGCCUGGGCAUGAAAAAGAGCAAGAUGCUGUACCUUAUUCCCAUGUAUACCGAGCGUUUAUACCGUUUUCUCAAUUACUGCAUGCAAUAAGUAUGUUGGAACAACUGCUCAUUUUGUACAUACGUGUGUUGGUUUGUUUAGAUUGGUAUUGUUGGCACAGUGGUUUGCUAAUCUCAAGCUCAGCAAGUGGUAUGAUUUCAAAGUCUAACUGUAUUUCCCAAAUCAUUAACAGUAUAAAGAGUCGUGUCUGUCCGCGAAGAAACCUUUCAUUAGGGACCCUGAGUCCUUUUCUCACCACGUUGUCAUUACACUACAAGCAUUUGUUUUGGGGUGUGUGCGAGGGGGGGGGGGGGGUGUCUUUCUGUUGCGCGUUCCGCUGCUUAUUUUAGUCCACAGACGAGAUUUAAGCCUUCCCCAAAGUAUUUUACUGGCCUGCUUGGACAUCUUUUCUAUGUUUUUAUCAAUGACAAGUGUCUUUACAACCAAAUAGGUUUGUUUACUACGCACACGAAAAUGUGUUCGAAAAUCAAAAUGAAGUCGAAUUCAUUUUGAGGGUUUUGCUGGAGUUUCUUUUGGGUACUUUGGUUACAAGGAAUAUAAAAUCACAACUCACUUGAAAAGAUGAGCACUUUAUUGAAAGUAAUACUGAAAACAAUAGGAGUGAGACAAUGUCAUUUACACCUGCUCUCCUGUUACAAUAAGGCCUGAGUAAAUGAUAUGCACAAAGAACCGUGUUUGCAUCAUGUAUCUCUUUUUGGACCUGCUCUGUGGGUAUGGUGAUAAAGUGCUGUCUCUUGUCAGUGGGUUUUGAUUUCAUAUCAUGUAUCAUAUAUCCGACUUGCAGUAGCGCUAGUAUUGUGAGUAGUUUAGCUGCUGUCGUAUUAUGAAAAUCCAUCACUGCACUCUAUCAUCCUCUUUGUUUAUACCUGUGCUCUUUGAAUGUUUUGCAAAUAAUUUCACCGCAGCUUUUUCAAUGAAAUACAAUUUGUCACAAUAA